ACGUGGGUUGAAAAGAAGCCUGGGUCUCUGCCCUAGAUCCCGAUACAAUGGGUAUUGAAUGGGGCCUAGAGAUCUGUACCUUGAGUAAAGUGCCUUUGAUCAUAUAAAUUCAACACCUGACGAAAACAGAGGCCCAAAGGAGUCAUGACUAGGCGGGUCUCCCGAUUGGAGAUUCGCGGUUCUGCGCUUUGGGUGCUGGCCGAAGGGCAUUUGGGUUUUCGUUUUGGAGGCAUCGGGGAAGGGCUUGCUUUUCCAGGUUCUCUGGGGUCACUAGACUGCCGUUCCCUCGCGUUUCUCUCUAUGCAGGAGUCACAGUGGGUUAGCGGCUCUGCAAGUGCCCGUAUGCUGCUGCCCAAUCAGCUGGUUUCCUCCGGGCACCUGGCGAAGCCUCAAGUCUGGCUGCGGGGCGGAGGCGGGAGAGAUCACCCCGCCCCCGCAUCCGCUCCGCCCCUUGCCCGACCCAGCUGAGCCUCGACCCUCCCCACCCAAUCCCGGUCCUCCGCUGGGAGCUUGGGGCGGAGCUUCGCCGCUGCUCCGCUCCUCCGCGCAAGCUUUUAGCCUGGGGAGUGGGAGCGUUUGCGAAAGCUGAUGGUGUUUUUUUAGAAAAUAAGUUUCAGAUGGACAGCAUUGGGCUUCCCUGGUGGCGCAGUGGUUGAGAGUCCGCCUGCCGAUGCAGGGGACACGGGUUCGUGCCGCGGUCUGGGAAGAUCCCGCGUGCCGCGGAGCAGCUGGGCCCGUGAGCCAUGGCCGCUGGGCCUGCGCGUCCGGACCCUGUGCUCCGCAACGGGAGAGGCCCGCGUACCGCAAAAAAAACCCCCACAAAAAACAGAUGUACAGCAUUAUAGUUCAACAUCUGUAUAUACUAGAGCGUGAUCACCACUACAGUCUAGUUGCGAUCCGUCACCAUACAAUUAACCCACUUCAUGCAUUUCGCCCAACCCCCUGGAAGCUGACGGUCCUACAGUCGCGGAGCUGAUUGGCUGUUCUUGGGCGUUACGUAGCCCGGGUUUUCCGGAAUUUGGGUUGAGCUGGGGAGAGCGGAGUAUGGCUUCUCUGAGUCAGCCCUUGCGCGAGCUACAGGGACCUUUGCUCCCCUCCAAGGACCUGGUGGAGGAGGAAGAUGAUCAUCUGAGGGAGGAUGCGGAGGAGGAGGAAGACACGGUGUUUGUCGAUGCCAAGGAGCUCUGCAGUGGGGGUGUAAAAGCGGGCAGCCUCCCUGGUCGGCUCCGUGUUUCAAUUUUUGAUGAAAAUACUCACCAGCAAUGUGAAGUGUUUGGACGUUUUCCGUUACUGGGUGCUUGGUGGCGAGUGAAGGUACAGGUGAAGCCAGUAGGAUCAAGGAGCUUUCAAGUUCAAGGAUUUCCUUCUUACUUUUUACAAUCAGAUAUGGCAGCACCAAAUCAGUUACACAUCUGUUCCCUCUUUCUUAAAGACUGUAAUGUCUCCAGUGAAAAGAGAAAAAAAUUUUUAGCAUGGGUAAAUGCUGAAUCAAGUUAUAAAGACCUCAACUUUGAAAACCUUAGGGAAAAACUAAGAACUUACCAAAAGAACAUUGGAAGGAAUACUCAAAAACAAUCUACACAGAAAACACAAGAAGAGUCACCACCAGAUGACGAGAUACUGCGUUCUCUGGAAAACACAAUUCCGUUUAUAACUGUGAUGAGAGCUCUGCAGUUCCCCAAAAUAAUGGAAUUCCUUCCAGUUCUUCUGCCCCGACACUUUAAACGGCUCAUAAGCUCAGAUUCUACAGAGGUGUUGGAAGAGAUAGAAGAGAUUUUAGGUACACAGCCAUGGAAACUCGGAUUUCGUAAAAUAACCUACAGACAGUUGAAGCUUCUGCAAUGUGAGGCAAGUUGGACAUCGUUUUGUCAGUGCAGGUCUCUUCUCCAGUUGAUGACUGAUUUGGAGAAGAAUGCAUUAGUAAUAUAUUCUGAACUGAAGCGGAUGUGUAGAGAGCAAGGGCACACGUGUGUUGAAGAACCUGACUUAACUUCUGAAUUGUCAGACCGCAUGUCUUUUCAUGAUGCUUGGCAGUCUCUGAAGUUCUUGAAGGAUAUCGGUGUGGUGACGUAUGAGAAGGGCUGUGUCUUUCUUUACGACCUUUACCAGGCUGAAAGAGGCAUUGCCUCUUCAAUCUGUGACCUGAUGACAAGGUCGCCAUGGCGAUUACAUGUUGAUGUCAAAAAGGUGCUUGCGUCUAUUCACACCACAAGACCUGAGAAUUCAGAAAGUGAUGAUACGCUAAAUAAAAGUGAACCUGACGAAACAAGAUUAGAAGAUCCUGUGGAUAUUUGGGACACGCAGGACAGCGGUGACCAUAUUUGGGAUAAUGGUGAAAGUGAAGUUAAGGCAGAAAUACGUGAAGUCCAACUGGAUCAGGAUCAGGUGGCUGCUUUGGACAUGAUUUGCUCCAAUGCUGUGACAGUCAUAAGUGGGAAAGGUGGUAGUGGGAAGACCACAAUUGUUAGCCAGCUUUUUAAGCAUAUAGAGCUGUUGGAAGAAAGAGAAGUGAAAAAAGCUUGUGAAGAUUUUGAACAAGACCAGAAUGUACCAGAAGAAUGGAUUACCUUCACCGAGCAAAGUCAGCCGAAGCCAGGCAAGGCUAUAGAAGUUUUACUUACAGCACCUACAGGGAAAGCAGCUGGCUUACUGAGACAGAAAACUGGUUUCAGCGCUUAUACACUAUGUCAGGUCAAUUAUAGCUUCUACUUAUGGGAGACAAAAACAAUGACCAAGGACAUGCCAUGGAAAUUUUCUUCGGUUAGAGUUCUGGUUGUGGAUGAAGGGAGUUUGGUAUCUGUCGGAAUCUUUAAAUCAGUUUUAAAUUUACUGUGUGAGCGCUCCCAACUUUCUAAGCUUAUUAUCCUUGGUGAUAUUAGACAGUUACCCAGUAUUGAACCUGGUAACUUGCUGAAAGAUCUUUUUGAGACUCUCAAGUCAAGAAAUUGUGCUAUUGAACUAAAGACAAACCAUAGAGCAGAAUCUGAACUAAUUGUGGACAAUGCUACAAGAAUCUCGAGACGCCAGUUUCCAACAUUUGAUGCAGAGCUGAAUAUCUCUGAUGAUCCAACAUUCCCUGUCUCAAUACAAGAUAAAUCAUUUAUUUUUGUUAGACUCCCAGAAGAAGAUGCCAGUUCUCAGUUCUCAAAAAGUAAUCAUCACUCUUAUUUAUAUUCUGCAGUUAGUACUUUACUCAAAGAAAAGGACCUAGAAGAUGCAAAAACAUCACAAUUUAUUGCAUUUAGAAGGCAGGACUGUGACGUGAUCAACACCUGCUGUUGCAAGCACUACACGGGCCGUCUAAUCAAAAACCAUCAGAAUAGACUUGAAUUUGGAGUUGGUGAUAAAAUUUGUUGUACCAGGAAUGCGUAUCUCUCAGACUUACUCCCUGAAAAUACCUUCAACAGCCAACAAAAUAAUGAACUAAAGGCCGGUGGCGAAGACUUUAAUGGUACUCCUCAUGGUUUUGCUAAAAAUAAGCAUGACUUUGAAAGUGGUAUUCGACUCUGCAAUGGAGAAGUAUUUUUCAUAACAGAGGAUAAAACUGAUAUAACUUUUGGAAAGAAAAGAUUUUUGACCAUUAAUAAUAUGGCUGGCUUUGAAGUAACUGUGGAUUUUGGGAAACUAAUGCAAUAUUGUAACAUAAAACAUGCAUGGGCAAGAACUAUUCACACUUUUCAGGGGUCGGAGGAGAAGACAGUCGUGUAUGUGGUUGGGAAGGCGGGCCGCCAGCACUGGCAGCACGUGUACACAGCGGUGACCCGGGGCCGCUGCAGAGUAUACGUCAUUGCAGAAGAGUCUCAGCUUCGGAGCGCAAUUAUGAAAAACAGUGUUCCCAGAAAAACUCGUUUAAAACAUUUUUUGCAAAACAAGCUCUCCGAGAGCUGUGCAUCUCCAGCAGAGUUUGCGUCCCCAUCAAAGAGCUCUGAAGACAGCAGGAGACCCAGCACACGUCCAUCAGCAUCCCCACUCCCUACAGCCACAGAUGACAGGGUGACAGAUUACGUCCCCAGAAGGAGGGCCUCUGUGGCUGAUGACACGCUGUUUGCCUUUGCUGAAGGAUGGAAAUUAUCUUCAUCUGAUGAAGUGCAUACAAUUGAGGAUCCAUCACAGUCGAGAGGGUCCAAAAGAACAUGUUGCAUGAAUGCCACUGCAAGUCCAAACAAAAUUCUUAUGGUGGAAGAAUCAUCUCCACAAGUGUCUUCUAAACUUCAGAAUUUGAGACUAAAUAGUUUAACCCCCAGGCAACUUUUCAAACCUACAAAUAAUCAGGAAACUUAGUUUUAUUUCAGAUUGCUCAAAGUAAUUGUCUAUUUUUUUCCAUUCAACACAAAAUGAACAUCAUAGCUUCAAAGGAUCAAGACAAAAGAGGAUGUCUAUUAACUGGAGUUUUAUUUUAAGGCAUUUGUGUUAGCAGAUGUUUUAAAAUCAUUUCAUCAAAGAAAACCUUAGUGAUUUUGACAUCUGUCAUCAGGAGAACUGACAGCACUGGUCAUAUAUGAGGGAAAAA